UUUCCUAAUAUCACGCUCAGAAGACAAAUUCGCUCAUACAAAUACCAGUACCGUACUGCAUUUGUUUGACUAUCAAAGUAGAAAAGAUACUUUGACUAUACUAACUGCAUUUGUUUGACUUGGCGGCCAUGAAAGUCCGUCCAGUGAAGCCUCACUUUUUCAAACCCAUUCAGCCAGGUUUCAAGCAGGGUCUGGUCAUUUCCAUGAAAAUCAUUUUUAUCUCAAAAGGAGAGGAAUAUUCCAGUAGGUUUCUUGAAGUAUCUGACGGGACACGAGCAUGAACAUGCCGUACUAAAAAGGGCUGGUAAGAAGUGGCAGGUGAAGGUGAACGGCCGUCGACUAGAAGAAGGUUGGGAGAAGUUUGCAGAGGAGCAUGAUCUGCAAUUGGGAGAUAUGUUGGUGUUCAGACAUGACGGAAACAUGGAGUUUGAGGUUGUCAUCUUUGAUUCAAGUCACUGUGACAGAGAAUAUGCAGAGAAUCUGCAAGAAGAAGAAGAAGAAGAGGAGGAAGGACGAGGAGGGGAAGAGGAACAAGGAGAAGAAGCUAAUUUUGGUCAAUCUCUUUUUGAAUGCACAGUUAGAUCCUAUUGGGUUUCCAAUGGUUACUUGUUCCUUCCUAAGCAAUUUGCGUUGGCAAACAGUCUCACCAACAAGAAUUGUGGUUUGAUUAUUAGAGACGAAAGUCAAAGGCCAUGGAAUUUAAGGCUAGCUACCUAUCGUUCUCGAGUCUGUAUUGUAGGCAGAUGGAAAGAAUUCAUUGUUGCAAACGACUUAAAGGUGGGAGAGUGCAUAAUGUUUGAGGUUGUUAAUAAUGGAGAAAAACCAAUAUGGCAAUUUCAUGUCAAACCAAAUCCCAUCAUCAUGUCAUCAAGAAAGGCUUUUCCCAAUGAAGAAUCUGCUAAUCACAGCCCUUCUGGUCAAUCUCUUCUUUUGCUCACUGUUAAACCGUAUUUCCUUACAAAGGGUUACCUGCGCCUUCCUAUGCAAUUUGCACGGGCAAACGGUCUCACCAACAAGAAUUGUGGUUUGAUUAUUAGCGAUGAAACACAAAGGCGAUGGAAUUUAAGGCUAGCUACCUAUGGUUCUCAAGUUUGUAUUGUAGGUGGAUGGAAUGAAUUCCAUGCUGCAAAUGACUUAAAGGUGGGCGAUUGCAUUAUGUUUGAGGUUGUUACUAAUGGAGAUAAACCAAUAAGGAAAUUUUAUGGCAAACCAAACCCCAGCAUGAAGUCAUCAAGCAAGGCAUUUCCCUAUGCAGGAACUGACACUCACAAGCCUUUUAGUCGAUCUCAUUUUGUAUGCACUGUUAGACCCUACUACCUCUCAAAUGAUCUCUUGUACAUUCCCAAACAAUUUGCACUUGCAAAUGGUCUCACCAACAAGAAAUGCGACUUGAUUAUUAGAGAUGAAUUACAAAGGUCUUGGAACGUUAGGUUAUGUUCUUUUGGCAAUAGUGUAUUUAUCAGAGGUGGAUGGCAUGAAUUCCGUAAUGCAAAGUGCUUAAAGGAAGGAGAUUGCAUAAUGUUUGAGCUUGUUACUAAUGGGAACAGACCGAUAUUGAAAUUUAAUGGCAAAAUUUCUGGAGAGGAUACAAAUGUCAUUCAAGGGAUUAGUGAACAAUGAAGUUGUUCGUGACAAAAGGGCAGCCGGUGCACUAAGCUCCCGCUAUGCGCGGGGUCCGGGGAAGGACCGGACCACAAGGAUCUAUUGUAUGCAGUCUUACCCUGGAUUUCUGCAAGAGGUUGUUUCCGCAGUUGAUAACAAAAAAGAAUAAAGGAAAACUGAAGCAAUCCUCCCCCUCCCCCUCCCCCUCUCAAUUGAUUCAAUAUAUGGUGCACCGCAACAAUAAAGCCUGUUAUAUUUUCUUCCAAAAAACUCAUUAGUUACAGAUCAGAGGUUUGGAACCCUGAGUAAAUUGUUACAGGUGUAGAAGGAAAAGAGGUUGUAAAGUGCCAUUUCUUGGCCAUUGGAUCAACAACAGUGUGAUAUGUUCAUGCAUAGAUUGAGAAUUUCUCCUGGAAUGCUAACAUCUAUUAGACUUUUCUGCUU